CACUAAUAUAAUAGUGUACUUUGUCCUACUUGCCUGCCUGCCUCAGGCUGGCCAGCUAGAGCCUAGGUGGUGCAGGCCCUGCAGGGCCGCGCAGGGCCUGGCAAAACUACGUCGUCACUUGCAUCUUGGAGCAACUUUCGCAAUGGCGUCCCUCGCUUUGAAGUCGUCCGCAUCUGCGUUCUCUGGCUUGGCCCUUCAAGCACCUUCAGCUCGAAGACCUGCGAAUACGAAGAUUGCAUGCAGAGACGCUCGUACAACCUGCAUUCGAGCGGGGGAGCAGGUGCCACAAGAGGGAUACCUUUUCAGCCGCAGGUCCCUGUCCCUAGCCGCGGCGGCCGCUGCCGUCGCCCUCGCCAACCAACCGGCUGCAUUGGCCGCUCGACGGGGGGGCGGAAAGGUGGAAGAAGCAAAGGCAAAGCUUCCUGAGGAUGACCCGAAGUUGUCGGCGUUGGAGAAGAGGGCCAUGGUGAAGGCCCGGCAACUAGAAGAGCUGAAAGCCAAGGUUGCCAAAGAGAAGGCAAAGGCUGGCGACUCUGCACCUGCAGAGAUCCAGUCUAAUGUGGCCACUGUCGUAAACAAAGCAAAGGAAGCACCCGCGGCGGUUGCGGACGUAGCCAAGGAGGUCGUAGAAGCUGUGCCCACCCCGUCCGCCGAGUAGGCGCGACCAUGGGGCACCAUUUUUGGUUUGUUGAGCGCGGUCUGUUUGGCUGCUUGUAACGUGUUGAGGCUGCGCCAAAAGUUCGCAGCUGCUUCUGUUCUCUGCAUUUUGACCGCCGAAGAGUUGCUACCUACGCUUGUCAAACAAAUUCGUACAUUGAGUCUGAGUAACCAAGUUGAACAAGAACCUGUAGUGUCGAUCAACGAACCAUCCCGAAAGACGGGCGAUCCCAAGUUUUGAAGCCGGUUGAUUGAGAGCGGGGUGAUUUACUGAAAAAGUGUUGUGCUUACUUGCCUUUCAUGCAUGCUUGAGCCAAACGCACAUGGGCC